AUUUGCGUCCUCUUCUAAACCCUACGCACCCCCCCCCCUCUUCUGUCCCUCUGUUGCAAUGGCCGCCGCCGCCGCUGCUCGACCUCUCGUUACAGUCCAGCCUUUAGACGGCGACAUGGCUACGGACGGUGGAAAUUCCGUUCCCCUUCCGGACGUGAUGAAAGCUUCCAUCCGUCCGGAUAUUGUAAACUUCGUCCAUGCCAACAUCUCCAAGAACAGUCGCCAGCCUUACGCUGUCAGCAAGCGUGCAGGCCAUCAGACCUCGGCAGAAUCAUGGGGUACUGGACGUGCCGUUUCUCGUAUUCCUCGCGUCCCAGGCGGUGGCACUCACCGUGCGGGCCAGGGUGCCUUCGGUAACAUGUGCCGCGGCGGUCGCAUGUUUGCCCCCACCAAGAUCUGGCGCCGCUGGCAUCGGAAGAUUAACGUCAACCAGAAGCGCUACGCUGUGGCCUCUGCCCUCGCUGCUUCAGCUGUCCCUUCUAUCGUCCUUGCUCGUGGCCACCGGAUUGAAAAUGCCCCCGAGAUACCUCUUGUUGUCGGUGAUUCAGCCGAGGCCGUGGAGAAAACGUCUGCUGCUAUCAAGGUACUUAAGCGGAUCGGUGCUUUCCCCGAUGCCGAGAAGGCCAAAGACAGCAUGGGCAUCCGACCUGGCAAGGGUAAGAUGAGGAACCGCAGGUACAUUUCUCGCAAGGGUCCUCUUAUUGUUUAUGGUACCGAAGGUUCAAAGCUCGUUAAGGCUUUCCGUAAUAUCCCUGGUGUUGAGGUCGCUAACGUGGAGAGGCUUAAUCUUCUGAAGCUCGCUCCUGGUGGUCAUCUUGGCCGGUUCAUCGUCUGGACUAAAUCGGCUUUUGAGAAGUUGGACGCCAUCUAUGGCACUUUUGAGAAGCCCUCAGAGAAGAAGAAGGGUUACGUUCUACCCCGAUCUAAGAUGGUCAAUGCGGAUCUUACUAGGAUCAUUAACUCUGAUGAGAUUCAGUCUGUAGUGAGGCCGAUCAAGACCGAGGUUAAAAGGGCACAGCUUAAGAAGAACCCAUUGAAGAACUUGAAUACGCUUCUUAAGCUCAACCCCUAUGCUAAGACUGCUAGGAGGAUGUCACUUUUGGCUGAAGCUCAUCGGGUGAAGGCUAAGAAAGAGAAGCUCGAUAAGAAGAGGAAGCAAGUCUCUAAGGAGGAGGCUGCAGCCGUAAAGGCUGCUGGUAAGGCAUGGUACCAGACAAUGAUCUCAGAUAGUGACUAUACCGAGUUUGAUAAUUUCACAAAAUGGCUAGGCGUAUCGCAGUAAUGAGUAUUCUCUUAGUUAAGGCAUUUGCAGUUCUGUUAGGACCAGUUUCUUUUUUUUUGUUGGGAACUUGCAUCCUAAGCUCUUCAUUUUUUUC